AUGGAUGGCCCUGGUCUGGUGAAUGAUUUGUUCAACCAGCCUAAGGAGAAAUUGCUGUUCUCACUGCUGCUUUUCAUGCUCAUUAUCGGAUCCUCCCUUUGCAUUGUGUAUCGCACCCUUUUUCAGCGCGGCUCCUCAGUUUCCAAAAGCAGUACCCAUAAAAACAUUGAUCCACAGCUUUUGGUUAAUUUGUGGACUGACCAAAACCGAAAUCUCUGUACGGGUAUUGUGGAUCUGUGCGUUGCCUUCAUAAAUACCUAUACUGACAGGGUUAAGGUGCUCUUCGUUUUUUAUCUUACCAUUCGCUUUAAGUUGGAAAAUGCCAAGCAGGACCUUUUGUGCACAAUCGAAGAUAUUGUCUCUAAUUUGCAUCUGAUAUGGAAAGACGCCGGUGCAUUGCUCGACAGUCAAGAGAUUCUUAAGAGCUCGAAAGGAUGUAAUGAGUUAUUUUCGGACUUGGACUCAAAAGUGACGGAGGAUGAGGGUGAGGACUUGUAUCCGUCCACAUUUUCACAAAGCUUCCACUUCGAAUCAGGGAUAGCUUCAAAGGGGAAUACCAAAACAGCGAUUGAGCUCAAUGCAAAUAUUUUAACAGAGUCCGUGCAUUCACUGCCUGAGGCCGCCAGUAUAAACCCUGUUUUCCUGGACAGUCACCUCCACAUGGCAAAUAUCUUCGCGCCCAGCAGUGAAACGGACGACUCUACGGAGGCUCUACCUGAGCCUAUGGUACUGGCAUACAACCCCAGCCUGAAGAAGAAGCUAGGCGAAAGCAUUUACCGCCGGCACCAACGCUCUGCGUCAGACUUCGUGGACCAAGAGGUGGAGGACACUGAAGGUACGCUUAAUGACACUGAGCCCGUUCCUCUGGACCCCAUCGUUCACCCCCCUGAGGAGCAACAUCCGACGGACCAGAAUGAAGGCAAGCCGGUCUUCUCACUGCCCAAUCAGCGCUCUCUCAAGAGAGUCAUCGAUGUAUCUCCUCUUCAUGAGCGUGUAACUCCGAACCUCGCCUCUAAAAAUCUACUUGUGAAGGUGGUCAAGGCAGAUUUUAUUGACCUUAAAAGUUCCUCCGAUGCUUACUGUGUUGUGGAGUUAGAUGAGCCGUACCAACGUCACGCCACACAUGUUGUACCACCUUCGGAACAGUUAUUUUGGGAUCAGCAUCUACUUUUCGGGCUUAACAGCAACUCAAAACGUGCCACCUUCGAGGUUUUCGAACUGUCAAAAAGACGAAAGUCCAUUUCACGGGGCUACGCGGAGGUCUAUCUGCCGGAAUUGCUGACCAGUUCGGUUAGGGGAUGUUUGAGCGAGCUGUUGCGCUGCAUCCCCUUGGACCCCAAACAGCACUCCUCCUCUACCCUGGGCAUGGCCGUCGGCAUCGGCGGAAGUGGUGGAGGAAAAUGGGACCACACUUCCAAUCCCACCUCCAGCUCCACCUCGCUCACCAUCCGCAAACCCACUGUCACCGCUGAGUUCCACUUUAUGGAGCGGUUGAUUGACGAUCCCUUCUCGGUUUGCAAGGGGCGUUCAGGCGUUAGUUCGCCCACGCCAUUGUCGAAGCUGCGCGCCGCGGCCAUGACCUCUCCUGCCUCCUCCUCAGAUUCCUCCCUCAGCCAGACUGCUGGUGCAGCCGCCUCCGAUUCUACUGGCACUGGCAUCGGCGCUGGCGCGGAUCGCUCCUUGCACAGCUCCAAGGGCGCCUUUCGUCUUCGGAGGGCAGUCACUUUCAACGUCGGUCGACAAGUGGAGAGCGGCAAACAGCAUGAAAGCCGCCUUCAGCGCUCCACUUCGACCCGUGGCUCACGUCUCUUCGAGCCAGCCUUCGAGAAUCUACGUCUAGCAGAUACCAACGCCGCUCUGACCAGCCGUCAACAGUACGGACACCGCGCCGGUGGGGGUUAUGGCGGCUUGCGUCGCAAGUCAGUGCCCCGUGUCCUCUCCACCGGUCUGGGCGGCGGUAGUUCAAGUACCACCAGCGGCUUUGGUCUCCUCGGACCGAGUUCCCAGCUAGCCGCAGUGGUAGCGGGUCUUACUGCCGCCUCUGUGGAGUCCUCCGAUGCCUCUGUUGAUCCAUCUACCGCUGCUGCGGUUGCCUCGGCGGUGGCAGUGGCCGCUGCCACCGGGCGCUCCACCUCCUCCUCCGCGGCUCUCGAUCGCAGGGUCAUGGCGAUAGGGGCCGGAAGUGGUGGAGUUGUGGGUCCAGCGGACAGCCUCUUUGAAGGCACUGCUACCUCUAUGGCCACUCUCGGCAUCUCCGAACAUGAACCACGCAGUGAUACUGUGGUUCGGUAUGCCGCACCCGCAGCAAAUGUAGCAGAGAGUCUGGGGACAUAUUCGGCCCAGCUGCCUCCAAAGCGAUCAGACGCAACAGGAGCAAAGUUGAUUAACCUCUUCAAGUCCAAAAAGAAACACCAGCAGCCAUCCGGUAUGGCGCGCCUGCUUUACUUGCAAGACCUCGAAGGUUCCGAAUUCGACGCAAUUUCGACAGAGGGAUAUCAGAGAAUUCUUCAUGGUGACCAAACUGAGAAGCAAUAA